GCUGUAGCCCGCAGCGGUGGUUUCGUGGCGCUCCGGGGGUGCUGGCUGCGACCCUUGUGGAUCGAAGCGGCUGAAGCAGUUCCGGAGCUUUUCAUAGCUGAAGGAAAAUGAUGGAGGAGAGUGGAAUAGAAACAACUCCACCUGCCAUGUCCCCACCAAGCACAGAAGGAGCUGCUGCUGCCCUUGCUACAUCUGUCUCAUUAGCUUCACCCAGUCCCCUUGCUACACCAAGCAAGUCAUCUUCUCCCACAUGCUCACCACCCUUGCCAGCUGGAGUGUCUCCACUUCCCCCACCUGUGAUAACUGCAGCUUCUCUUCCACUUGUGCAUUCUGCAAUGGUUUCUACUGCACCACCUCUAACUCCUGUCUCUCCUCCUUCAGCUUUUAGUACCUCCAACUCCCAGUUUUCUACGGCUCCUCCAUUAAGCUCCAGUACUGGUUCUGGUCUUCCUGCACCUCCCACUGGGCCCCCCAUUUCAGGAUUUUGCAUGUCUUCAACCAGUAUUACUAGAGGUCAUGCUGGUCGAGCACCACAAAGCCCACUGAUGCCAUCAUUUUCUGCACCUCUAGUCACAGGUGUGUUGACAGAUCCUAUUACUCAACAAGCAACUUCCUCAUUCCCUUUGCCUCCUGGAACUGUUUCUGCAAUCACCUUUCCCGAGGAGCAUGAAGACCCCAGGGUAUCUACUGCCCAAGGUGGAGCACCUGUGGGAGGACUGUGGGGGUUUAUAAAGGGUGUAGUUGAGAAUCCCAUGGUGAAGUCUGUGCUUGAUAAAACCAAACAUUCAGUGGAGACUAUGAUCACUACUCUGGAUCCUGGCAUGGUUCCAUAUAUCAAAACAGGGGGAGAACUGGAUAUAGUGGUUACUUCCAACAAAGAGUUAAAGGUUGCGGCAAUUCGAGACGCAUUUCAGGAAGUGUUUGGAAUGGCAGUUGUUACUGGAGAGGCUGCACAGUCCAACAUCGCACCCCAACCUGUAGGCUAUGCUGCAGGUUUAAAAGGAGCCCAAGAAAGGAUAGACAGCUUGCGUCGGACAGGAGUAAUACAUGAAAAACAGCCUGCUGUAUCAGUAGAAAACUUCAUUGAGGAAUUGCUUCCUGACAUGUGGUUUGACAUUGGAUGUCUGAUCAUUGAAGAUCCAGUUCAUGGAAUUCAUCUGGAAGCUUUUACCCAAGCAACACCAGUGCCUUUGCAAUAUGUUCAGCAGGCUAAGAGCCUCACUCCUCAGGACUACAGUCUGAGAUGGUCAGGCCUGUUGGUGACCGUGGGCGAAGUGCUUGAGAAGAGUUUACUGAAUGUCAACAGGGCUGAUUGGCACUUGGUAUUCACAGGCAUGUCCUGUCGGCAGAUGAUCUACAGUGCAGCUAAGGCUCUGGCGGGAAUGUACAAACAGCACUUACCACCCAGGACUGUUUGAAAGAAGGCUGAUCCAUGAUACUAAGGAAUACUGGGGAUGAUUCUAGAACUGAAAGCUACAUGUUCUAAUGCUCAGUGGAAACAGCACAUGUUUGUAAUCUAACUGUAAACUGUAUUUUACUUUUUAAAAAGUGAAGGUAAUUCCUGAUAGUUGAAAUGAGCAAUUGCAAUUUUUAACAACUAUGAUCUCCAAUAUGAUUCACAAAACAGGAUAUCUGAACAAACAUGUAUUUGCAAUGGGGAUAAAAAGCAUUACAGUUUGUCAAGUGGAAUGUGCUCUUAUUUGACAUUUAGCAGGCAUUUGCUGAGGUAUUUUUGUUACUGUACCUUUUUUUAAGAAGGGGUUUAUUGUGUAGCUAUUUCUAUUAUAUCAGUAAUAUGAACAUAUUGACAGCACAAUAUGUAUGUUAUGUGUGCAUUGCAAACCAGAGAUUACAUUCUGUAUUUUCUUCAAGCAUGUUCCUAGUUGGUAUGUAACACCUCAUAGGUUUGGUGUCUGUAUUUAAGUUCUCAGGAGUGCUGCUGAGUAGUUUUUACCACACAUAACAGUGAGCUGCUGAAGAAGAGCACGAAACCAUGCCCCAUUAGUUAAAAGUAUUUGCUAAAUAAUUUUGAAAUUUUGAAUAUAAUUUUGAAUUUUCUUUUUAUGUAACAGUAGUGACAUUCAUGUCCAAUAGAACACUGGACAGAUUUCAAGAUGCUUCAGUGGGUUUUAGAUCAAGUACCACAAACUCAUGAAUUUUCAGCAGUUACAACAUAGUUUACUCCAGGGCUUCCAAAUUUCAUGUGGAAUGACAGUCUCUUCUAGCAAGUCAUGGUUGUCAUCAGUUUGGUAUGCAAAAUGGUGAGAUAUGUAUCUGUUGCUUUGCUGUCCUGGGUUUUCUAAACAUUUUAAAGUCUUAAAUGCCUUCUCAUUAUAAUGAACUUGCUUUUCUUAUACAGGUUUUUCAGUGGUGUCAGAUGGUUUUCAUGGCUAUAAGUGGUCUUUAUCCAUGUUCCCUCAAUCUUAACUUGUUAUUCAGAUAUAUGGGAGUAAUUGGUAAGAAAAUAUUUUGGUAAUAAUAGGUUUUUUUAACAAAUGAAGAAUAAAGAAAUACCUUCUGUUUGCCUUAAAGAAGCAGUUUUUCAGCUUAUAUCCCUCUACCUUUAUCUUCCCUAAAUGCUUUCAAAGGAGUUUUUAAAAUACAGUGUAUUGUAAGCCAGCUUAUACUUGUGCUCAGUGAAAGCCAUUGUAUUUCCAAGUAAUAUAUUUUGCCUUAAUUGGCUUACUCUGUAAAUUAGUUGAAUAAAUGUUUGUCCUGGA